AUGGAAGAAGUUGGCUAUGAGUAUUUUCAUGAUUUAGUAUCUAUGUCAUUUUUUACAAAGAUAAAGACUACCAAGACAGGUAAAUUCAUUUUUGUCAUGCAUGAUCUUAUAGUUGAUUUGGCUAGAACUAUUUCCGGAAAAUAUAAUUGUUUGUUCGAGGAAAAUGAUGACAUUGAUAGGCUUGAGAAGAAGACACGUCACCUUGGAUGUGACAUGGAAAUUUAUAUUGAUAACAAAAUAUCUAAUUAUGAUUUUGAAACUACUCGUUUGCAAACCUUUUUAACAUUUGAUUCAAGAUAUUCUGAAAUCAAUAUUUCUAAGGAAGUAGUGCAGAAUCUGCUAUCGAUGUUGAAAUGUUUGAGAGUAUUAUCUUUUCGUGGCCUUCAUAUAACUAAGUUAUCUGAUUCAAUCGGUGAACUAAAACAUCUUCGCUAUUUAGAUAUUUCUGGCACCAAGAUUGUGAUGUUGCCCAAAUCUAUAACUAAAUUGUACAAUUUGCAAACGUUGAAAUUAGAAGAUUGUGAUCAACUUGAAACUUUGCCUAAAGAUAUGCAUCAUCUCAUUAAUUUAAGACAUCUCGUUGUUAGUGGAGGUAGCCUAGUUGAGAUGCCAAGCCAAAUAUGUAAAUUAAGAAAUCUCCAAAUGUUGACAACUUUUGUUGUGGGAAAGAAUAGUGGUGCUAAAAUAGAAGAGUUAGUAGAACUUCAAAGUCUACAUGGGGAGCUUUCCAUCAUGAAGUUAGAAAAUGUGGUCAUUAUUACAAAAGCAUCAGAUCAAGUUAAUGUAUUGGAUAAGAAGCAACUUGAGAUAUUGUGUUUGGCAUGGAGUUUUAAUGAUGUUUUUGUUGAUCCAAAACAUGGAGAGGGUGUGCUCAAAAUCCUUUCACCAAGCACAAUGUUGAAGCAACUCAAAAUUCUUAAUUACCCAGGCUCAAAAUUUCCGAAUUGGGUCGGGAAUGAUUCGUUUAGCAACAUUGUUGAAGGGUUGAUGGUUGUGAGCGUUGUUCCAUUUUACCACCCUUUGGGCAACUUUCUUUGCUAA